AUGGCUUCGCUGAAUAAUGAGGUGCCUGCUCCUGCGCCGGCUGUUGGCUCGGCAGCGUCGGCAGGGAAAACCAUUUCCGCUUCCGUGUCUAAACCGCUGGUUGCCGCCGCAGCAGCAUCAGCUGCUGCGAGCAGCCUUAGCCAACUAGUAAAGGAUGCAGAUGAAGGGGGCCGUUGUACGCUUCUUCCCGGGUUAUUUGGACUUUCUAUCCAGCUGUUUCUCUGCAUAAUCUCCAUCGCGGUUGUGUUUUUGAAGUACAGGAUGGAGACUCCAAGGCGUUCUUUGCCGGCGUUUUUGAUGGACUUCAUCACGUUGAUGUGCGGUUCCGGUACCGUUCACGUGGUGAACAUCUUGUCUUCGAUUAUGAUUCAGCGGCUGCACGACGGGUCCGGCGAGGUGGGUGACGAGUGCAACCUCUACUUCAUGACGACCCUCUUCGAUGCGACGAUCGGGAUCUUUCUGGAGUACAAGAUCGUGCGUUAUCUGGCAAUUCGCAAGGAGGCGCACCACUAUUUGCAGCGCACCCGCAAGUCCGUGUUCACGCCCACCACUGAGGAGUUGGAUGAUGCUACGCGCAUCGCCACUGUCGCGCUGUCGUCUGGCUCUCCGAUUGGCAUGAACGAGACCGACCUGGAGGGCCACAUGCCUGGCCGUGAUGAAUGCGACAAUGUCUUUGAGACGUUCGAGUUUGGUGUGGAGGGGGGCUGGCGUCGUCGGCUUUGGCGCCACCUGGUGCGGUUGGUGACGUCGCCCAACGAAUGGGCUCGUGACAUGGGCAACGAAAAGUUCGUGGAUAACCUGCUAUCUUGGAUGGCGAUAGUGUGCAGCCUAAAGGUUUUCAGCAUAGCCGUCUUUACCAUAUUUUCGGGUAGCAUAAACUCCAUCGGCGACUUCAUUUUGGGUUUCUUCGAGAAAAGGCACACUUUGAAGCUGUUGUUCGUUAUGGUUGGCGCGCCUCUGGUGCUAAACGUGUUCCAGUACUGCGUGACCGACACGAUCAUAAAGAUAAAAACAGUUGGCAGAUCGCAUACGGCCAUGAAACUUUAA